AUGGCUCGGAAAGCCCAUUCCCUGCUAAAAUAUAUUCCCGGGGCUUCCCCAAAGAUAAAUGGGCGAAAAGAAAAGUCCAAGGAGUCGUUGGAACCCACCAAUCGCCAAGACAGCCCUGAUUCAAGAUGCAUCUUUGUACUCGAAGAUCCAGCCGAUUUCCCGCGCUGGAAGGGCAUGGUCGAGCGAUUACUCCAGGUGCGGUAUGACCUUGGUGAUGGAAAUACGUCAACAUAUCUUAGGAAGGACUACAAUUUCUUAUGGGAAUAUGUACCGCGUCACUUCCAUCACCACUUCCCUCAUUCGAGAGAGUUGGGCAGUUGGGUGGCUGAAGAGCUGUUUUCGACGCUUUGGGAAGCUGUCCAUGAAUGGGCCGUCAAUUGCACUAUUUGCGGGCUUGUCAGACGCAAGGUCCUCUCAAAUCCACUGGAUCCCGUUAAGGCCAGAGAACACCCCACGAGUCGUUUUCUUCUAAAGUCAAAGGGCGGAAAGCGUUGCCAAUAUUGCAGUUUGGUUUAUCAGUGUCUCCAAGCCUACUACCCAUCAUUCGAGACACAUGAAAACACUCUGGUGGUAGGAAUCUAUCCAAAUACCGGUGGUUUUUCCCUUCUUAUCAGAAAUACUCAGACAACCUCCUGGAUAGAGUCCACAUUAUGGGCCGAAGCCUUUCCCGAAAGCAAGAAAAAGGAAAUAGACGAUCACCAAGCCACCUCAGUGUUUGACACAUCAAGCGAAAGCUCGUUUGAGUGGAUUCUAAACAGACUACCUCGCGCUAGUGGUGACCUGACACUGUCUAGUUUCAUGCCUAGACGCUUGAUAUAUGUAGGAGAUCGCGCCUCAACCCCAGUCCUCGUGGACAGGCCAGAAGAGAUAUUCCCGUACUGUGCUUUGAGCUAUUGCGGGGUUCCUACACAAGCCAAUUUGAAAACUACCAAAGACAUCUUAAAAAAGCACUAUAAUCAUAUUGACAAGGAGCAUAUGCCAAAGACAGUGCAAGACGCAGUUGAGGUCUGUUGGCGUCUUGGAAUAAAGUAUCUUUGGGUUGAUGCGCUAUGCAUUAUCCAGGACGACGCAAUAGGAGCUGACUGGUAUGAGCAAAGCUCAGAAAUGGACCAAAUCUACUCCAGCGCACAUGUAGUGAUUGCGGCAGAUACUGCUGAGGAUUGCUCUGAAGGGUUCCUGGGAACUUCUCACAUUCAACAACUUCGAGAAGUCACUGUUGAUUGGGACGGCGACACAUACAUCUGUCAAGAAAAGCCGAACGGCCAGCGUGACGAUCCUAGCUUUCUUCUAAGCCGAACACCACUCUCGCGGCGCGCUUGGACACUACAGGAAACGCUUCUUCCCAGUCGAGUUCUCCAUUACACUGGCACGGAGAUUGUCUUACGGCUUGGCGACACCUUCUAUUGCCAAUGUGGCGAGUGCAGAUUCCAUCACGUCGGCAUCAACCAGUCAGACUGGCACCAAAUUGUCUCCCACUAUUCCUUCCGCCAAAUGACCAUGCCCUCGGACAAGCUAAGUGCCUUAUCUGGACUAGCAGCUCGUAUGUCAGACGGAGAUAGGGAGUAUCUAGCAGGGUUGUGGUCAGACACAUUGGUCACAGAUCUCCUCUCGUACGUAACCGGAUCUGGACUUCAUGUGCGACCUGACCCCUGGAGGGCCCCGACGUGGUCCUGGGCCUCGAUUGAUGGAGGCAUCAGUUACUUCACUCGCUUCUCAUACUACGACUUUCUCCCCGCAUUGGAUAUCGUGCAAGCCGAGUGCUCAUGCACAAGUGUGAAUAUUUUCGGCCCGGUUUCCUCGGGAUUUAUUGACUUGAGGGGUAAGCUUGUCCCCGUCGAGAUGGUCAUCUUGGAUAAGCCCUUUACCAAGCACCAAGGCGAGUACACUGGCGAAUGGGGACGAGCAACCCGCGUGCAUCAAGGCCAGACAUCACUUGUACGAGGGUGGGGUACAGAUAUCUACGAAGUUCUGUGUGACGAGCGCAUGGAGCAGACAGAUAGAAUGGGUGAAGAAGACAGCGAGACUUGGGCUCAGGGCAUAGUGGAUCGACAAGACCUAGGCGGGAUAGUGGCAAGUAACGUCUACUGUCUGGAAGUCGGAUCGAUUAUAGAUCGUGUGAUAGAUGUGGAUGGUUUCACCGCACUAGGUCGGAGUUCCAGGGUCUGGUGGCUUGUUUUGAAGAAAGCGGAGAGGGGGGAUGAGUUCAAAAGAGUAGGAAUAGGUUAUAAAAGUAGCAAGGAUUUCAAGCGUGACUGUGACUUUUUCGAUUCUGCGGAAUGGAGUACAGUGCGUCUAGUAUAG